CAUCCAACCAAAACGUUUUCAAACAAAAUCAAGAGUAUUUCAUCAUAAAAAUGGAUCAAUAUAGUUAUUCCUCCUCUUCAUCUACGUCUUCUUCCUCUGGACAACAACUUGCACGGAAGACAAUCAAAUCAAGCCGACCACUGUACCAUAACUCCCUCCAUUCGGUUCGUAAGUCCCUUCAGAAACCCAUCACCAAGCAUUUUAUCGCCCCAUUUCAACGCACCCCACCCAAAGUCUACGAUGUCGAUGUCUGCAGUUUUAAGGAACUCGUUCAUGUUCUCACUUGCAGCCCGGAAUUCCAACAACCCUCUCCACGACGUCUAAAAGACAUGGCUCCUCCACCCCUAAUCAUAUCAAGAAUCCCAAAGCCAUCGUGUUUUCCCAAACCAUCACUGUUGCCCCAAUCUGAAGAAGGAGGAGCAUUAAACAAGCUUCCAACUUUCAUAAUGUCGCCGGGUUUCUGUAAAUUCUUGAAUGAAACAUUGGAUACAACUCGGUUUAUAUCAGAGUCACCUGAGAUGAUGGAUUGUUUCGGGGGUUUGACUCAGGUGGGGUUAGAUUUUUCAAUGAUGGCUAGUCCUGAUGAUCUACCCGAUAGUGCACUCAUCAGCCCAUUGGAUUUGAGUUUGUCACCAACUUCACUCUCUUGGUGUUCUUCACUUAUUCUGAGCCCUCUAUAGCUUCUUUCAUGGUGUUUUCCUAUUGUGGUCAUACAAAUAUUCUCAAUUUUAAUUUUAAUUUACUUUUGGAUUUAUAUAUCAUGCCGCAUUAUUGUGAUAAAAUAAUUAUUGUUAAUAAUCAAAUUAUUGU